AUGGCACUGCCCGACACAUCAAACAUCGCAACAGCCGGGUGGAUGGCUCAAGCAGACGGUAAGAGUCAAGAAUAUCCGACGUUGGCAAGAGUCCAUCAUCAAUAUCGCUUCCCUCGCUUGAGUGUCCUCACAAUUGGCCGAGGAGCUUUGUGA